AUGGCCCGACCACAGGCAAAUUAUGUGACGCUCGAUGUAUUCUCCAAAGAGAGAUUCCAAGGCAACCCAGUCGCCAUUGUUAAACUUGACAUUGGCUGCGAGCUGUCGCAGGAUCAGAAGCAGAAAAUCGCCAGAGAAUUCAACUUCUCUGAAACAGUAUUCUUACAUAGUAGUGUUGACGAGAACCACCGCGUGGAGCUUUUCACACCAGUCAAUGAAAUGCAAUUCGCCGGCCACCCGAUUAUUGGAACCGGCCAUUUGCUUUUCCGAGAGUCAUUGGCCAGUACAACUGAGCAAGCAACGGCCCUGACCAUCAUGACCAAAGCGGGACCCGUUCCGGUUACGUACGACCGAGAAAGCCAAAUUGUGUCUGCGAGUGUACCACACAACAUCCACGUUCACCAACAUGAAGCCACUCUCGAACAAAUUCGCGCUGUACAAGCUAGUGUGAAUGGGGCUUCGGAUCUCUCCGACAUCAAGACCACCCAUCCGGCGGUGUCCACGGUGAAGGGAGUUACAUACGCUCUGGUGGAUCUUACAAAAAGACACGACCUCUUCAGCAAUAUUGUUCCUGGAGGAAGCCCGCAGCUCAAUCUGGACGAAGGAUGGACGCCGUCCUUCACGGGUGUCAUGUACUACCGCCUGCUCAAUUCCUACAGAGACAGUGAAGGGGAUGCGAUGAUUUGGGAGCUUCGCGUUCGUAUGAUUGCCAUCAAUUUGGAAGAUCCUGCCUGUGGGAGUGGAUCAUGCGCUUUAAGUGCCUAUCUCGCGCUGUCAAACGGGCAGCUAAGCCAGAAUCACCGAUUCAACAUUGAGCAGGGCUCAGAGAUGGAGAGAAGUAGUAAAAUCAUGGUGGCCGUUCGUUUAGAUGCGGAUAGACGCCGGGUGAUGGAUAUGGAGCUCGCAGGUCAGGCAGCAUUUGUUGCAGAAGGAAAGAUACAUGUUGGAUGA